ACGUGACGGCUGCGUCUAUAACACCAGCCUCACCGGACACACAGCAGCUGAGUCCGGACCGCGGCAGAGGACAACAUGAACACGCUACUGACCUUCUCCAUCCCGUUGUUGUUCAGCUCGUUGGUCUGGAGUGGAUAUCUGGAAUAUAACCAAGAUGUCCUGAUACCAGAGGACUGGACUCAUGUGGGCCUGGUCGACCCCGCAGAGAAGCUGGAGCUGACAUUUGCCCUGAAGCAGCAAAACGUCGACCUGCUAGAGGAGACACUCAGACGGGUUUCAGACCCUGACUCAGCACAAUAUGGUAAACACCUCACCCUGGAGGAGGUGUCCUCCCUCAUUCGUCCAUCUGAACUGACCCAGAAGGUGGUGCGUCGCUGGCUGCAGAGUCAUGGGAUUACAGACUGCCUCACUGUUCACACUCAGGACUUUUUACAGUGCACCAUGACUGCAGAGGUCGCAGAGACGCUGCUUCCAGGCAGCAAGUUCCGACGUUACACCAGAGACAGCCAGUCUGUAGUGAGGUCUUCGGCGCCGUACUCCGUACACGAUGAUGUUCACCAGCACCUGGACUUUGUUGGGGGGCUUCACCGCCUUCCUCCUAAAGCGCAGCAGGAACCCAGUAAAGCCUCCUCAAACAAGAGGCAAAAGCCAGGGAUUCACCUGGGAGUGACUCCUGCCAUCUUGAGGGCCCGCUAUAACCUGUCAGCAACUGAUGUGGGAGCAGCUCAGAACAACAGCCAGGCUGUAGCUCAGUUCUUGGAGCAGUACUACAGCCCCGCAGACCUGGCUGAGUUUAUGAGCAUGUUUGGCAGGAGCUUUCAGCAUCACUCUCAGGUGGACCGAGUCGUGGGCACUCAAGGAGCAGGAAAGGCUGGUACGGAGGCCAGUCUGGAUGUGGAGUACAUAAUGAGCACGGGGGCAAACAUCUCCACAUGGGUCUUCACCAAUCCAGGUCGUCACGAGUCCCAGGAACCUUUCCUCCAGUGGAUGGUUUUGCUCAGCAACAUGUCUGACAUCCCCUGGGUUCACACCAUAAGCUACGGCGAUGAUGAAGAUAGCCUGUCUACUGCGUACAUGAUGCGCAUCAACACGGAGUUCAUGAAGGCCGGCGUCAGGGGAAUCUCACUGCUCUUUGCUUCUGGUGACAGUGGUGCAGGCUGCAAACAUUUGGGUAAAGGACAAAACUCCUUCAGGCCAAGUUUUCCUGCCUCAAGCCCCUAUGUGACUACAGUUGGAGGAACGUCAUUCAAGAACCCAUAUAAGGUCACAUAUGAAAUAACAGAUUACAUCAGUGGAGGAGGCUUCAGCAAUGUCUUCAAGAUGCCCGACUACCAGACCAGUGCAGUGGAUGCGUAUCUGAAGACCGUGGCUGCCACCCUUCCUCCUCAGUCGUAUUAUAAUACCAGUGGCAGAGCCUAUCCAGACAUGGCUGCCUUGUCUGAUAACUACUGGGUGGUCAUCAACAGAGUACCAGUCCCCUGGAUUUCCGGGACCUCGGCGUCGACCCCUGUGGUUGGCGGCAUGCUGUCUCUCAUCAAUGACCAGCGGCUGCUGAAGGGCCUGCCUUCCCUCGGGUUUCUCAACCCUCGCCUCUACAAGCUCAAAGGACAGGCUCUAUUUGAUGUGACUGAAGGCUGUCACCUGAGCUGUCUGGACGAAACGGUUCAGGGAAAAGGUUUCUGUGCUGCGCCCUCGUGGGACCCUGUGACAGGCUGGGGGACACCAAACUACCCCGAACUGCUGGCUACCCUGCUAGCUGAGUGAACUAUACAAACACUAUAGCACCAUCCAGACUCAUGACCAGGUGCCUGAUGCCAAAGGCGGGAUGAUGAAAUGGAAGGAAAAUGAUGCCUACGCUUUAGAUUUAUGCAUCUUCUGUUAUAGUCAGCCUUCAGGAAUGUUUUUAUCUGCCAUCAUCACUUCUAUCCAGUUAAGGAUUUGCUCAACUCCCUUUUUUUAUCAGUGUAAUUUGAUUUUCUCCAAAGGCUUUAAACUGUUUCUUGAGAUGUUUUUUGAUCAGAGAUAGUGGUGGUUCAGGAAUUUUAAUGCUACACUACAGCUGGCUGUUUGUGCUGUGCACUGCAUUUUAACAGAUCCAGAUUUCUUUUUCUUACGCAAACUUGCAGGUAGAUUAACACCACCAGAUAUAUACCAACCAGAUAUCGGUGUGGGUACACUGGUUGCUAUGCAUAAGGAAAACAUACUUAAAAUACACAAGGUAAUCACCUAUUACAUGUGCAUAUAAGCCUAUGUUUCUAUUAUAAAGUGUCUAAUAAGUUAGAUGUCAAUAAAUCUAUAUAUCGGAUGCAACCAUUUCUUCUGAUCAAGACAUGUUAGCAUGUAAUUGGAUAAUAAGUUUGAUUUGUUGUAAGACUGUGUCUGUUCUGCCAUACUAACUAACCUUCAGGGAAGAGCUAGGUACAAGUCACCAUUUCAUUUAAUGACAAAUAGAUAUUUGCAUGCCAUCAACAAAAUGCUGCUUAUGUGUUUGUAAUAAAAUGGGAUCAUUCAGUAUGUGACUUAAGGUCAAACUUUUGAAACUUUGGUUUGUUGCCGUCUGCUCUGCGGCUGUGAACUAACUAAAUGCACUGUAAUGUGUGGGUUAAAAGUGAUUCAGCAACUCUACCCACCAGCAUCGUUGCACUUGUUUUUACCUUUUAACCAUGUAAAUCCUCAAAUCAGAUGUAUUUAAUAGCAGAAAGACUGCCUGUGCUGUUUGUGAAUUUAUUAAAGCUGGACUUCUUUGAAAUGUCAGUUGAUUGUUGAAGACUAUCCUGAUUUUUAGAUGAAGCAUCAGAUCAGAAACUGGAACUCUGAAUCAUUUCCUUUUGAGAAACACUGCCAAACAUAUCCUAGUUCCUGCUUGUGCAUUGAGGUUUGAUUUAACUUGGACUGAACUUUAAUCUUUCACUGCUGAAACAGUUGCAAUUGGCAGAGUAAAUAUCUUCAAAAAUGUAUCAGAAUGAAACCUUUGAAUUUUCAAUGCUAAUUAUGACCUGCCCUGGUCUGUGUUUCAUCUUUGGCCAGACUCACAUAAUUAACCAGCUGUUAAAUGUCACUUUAAAGCUAAGUUUUAUGUGAUUACAGUUGUCAAUUGUGUCUAUGCAGAACGCUGGAAUAAAAACCACCAGAAUUUGUUUCA